CCCAGGACCCUGCAUUCACUAGAUCUGGUCUCCCACAGACCCUGCAUUCACUAUAUCUGGUCUCCCAGGACCCUGCAUUCACUAUAUCUGGUCUCCCAGGACCCUGCAUUCACUAUAUCUGGUCUCCAGGACCCUGCAUUCACUAUAUCUGGUCUCCCAGGACCCUGCAUUCACUAUAUCUGGUCUCCCAGGACCCUGCAUUCACUAUAUCUGGUCUCCCAGGACCCUGCAUUCACUAUAUCUGGUCUCCCAGGACCCUGCAUUCACUAUAUCUGGUCUCCCAGGACCCUGCAUUCACUAUAUCUGGUCUCCCAGGACCCUGCAUUCACUAUAUCUGGUCUCCCAGGACCCUGCAUUCACUAUAUCUGGUCUCCCAGGACCCUGCAUUCACUAUAUCUGGUCUCCCAGGACCCUGCAUUCACUAUAUCUGGUCUCCCAGGACCCUGCAUUCACUAUAUCUGGUCUCCCAGGACCCUGCAUUCACUAUAUCUGGUCUCCCAGGACCCUGCAUUCACUAUAUCUGGUCUCCCA